GCUGUUCCGGCGGCGGCAGGGCGGGGUUUGCUUUGAGAGCGGACCGGAGAGAGAAGACUCAACAGGGAAGAUGGCGACCGCAGGGUCCGCCGAACGGCUUGGCAGACUGGCCAGCGCCGUUGCCGGCAGGUCCCGAUCCGGUUCCGGCCUCGGAGCACGGUGCGGGUCCGGGUCAGGGUCUGGGUCCAGCCCGCCAGAGGAUGAAGUGACCAAGUGCGCGGCAUGCGUGGAGGCUCAGACCGGUGGCAGUCCGCCCUGCGGACACCCGGCCUGUCCGCUCUGCCUGGCUUGGAAACACUCCGGCAGCGAGGAGCGGGUCCGUAGGAGGAGUGACCCCGAGAGCAGUAGCAGUAGGGCGGGAAGGAGGGACUGCGACAGCCGGAGAGAGUUCUUCAUCUCUCCUGCUCUCAUCCCAAAGUCUGCAGAGAUUUCAUCAGGGCAGAGUGGAAAACACAAGCUGUUGUUGUCUGAGGACAGAGAGGAGCUCAGGAGAAGGAACACUCUGAUCUGUAAAGACGAAUCAGUGCGACGUGAUGAAGAGAUUGGAGUUCUGUCAGACUCAGAGAACGAGGAGCCGAUCAGCAGAAGAAUCAGAAACAUCUCCGCCUUCAUCAGGAAAACCAAAAACUCAUCGUCUGUCACUGGUGGUUCUCAGAGGAGUCAAAGCUGCACUGACCCAGUUGAGGACAGUGGAGGGAAACGGAAGGUCACCACUCAGCCGGCCAUGAUGGACCGGGUUGGUAUCAGUCACAGCUACACAGCAGGAAUCCUCCUCUCCUCUGAGAACAGUCGCUCGGUCUCAGCUCCGAUCACCGCUCCUGAUCGGAGGCUCACCUGGCGGGCUGUGGUCACAUCAUCGUCGUCACUGAUGCCCGUGGUCCUCCCUCCGCCCCGCCCCGAGCGCUCCAUCAGCCCCGAGAGCAACGACAGUAUCUCAGAGGAGCUCAACCACUUCAAACCCAUCGUCUGCUCGCCGUGUACCCCGCCCAAACGACUACCGGACGGCCGUCUGAUGGAGCCCACCAUCGUCAAGUCCACGCCCCGGAAUCUGACCCGUGGCCUGCAGAAGGCUACCACCUACGAGGCCAGUCCUGCUGUGCUGCAGAAAUGGAAGCAGAUUGAGCUGGAUCGCCAGAGCCUCAAAGUGAACUCCAAGGCCACGCUGACGAGCCCAGUCAUGGAACUCCAUCACAAGACUGUCGUGGGGGAGGAGGCCACAAAGACUUAUCAGUCUGCUGCAGGAGAUGGAGUGAUGUCCAUCAACAAGAGGAGGCUGCUGUUCGAUCCUCCAGCUGGAGACACGGACGCCUUCCAGAAACAGUCGGUAAAGAUCCGAGUCCCUGCGAUCCGGUACAGCGGCGAGGCGACUUUCAGAGCAAGUUUAGACUUUGAGUCGCCGGUUGCUGCUCCUGAAUCCUGCAGCGGAGGAGUGUUGUUUAGUCGAAAACAAUCAUUCUCCCCGUACACUAAGAACUCUGGUUUCCAGUCGUGUAAAUUGGUGCCAAAGGACUCACAGAGUCCCAGGAAGGAGUCUGACAGUAGCAUCCCCAACCAGUCUACCUCAAGGAGGGGCAAGAAGAGGAAGCAGAAGACCAAACACCUGGACUCAGAUCGGGAUUCUGACCUGAAGAGAAGCCGGUCAGGAGGCCAGGAGGCCUUCGACGAGCGGUACAUCCAUCAGAUCCAGCAGGAGCGUCAGGACCGGGUGCUCGCCCUGAAGCUGCAGAGACAGUUUGACCUGGAGAACCAGACUGUCAACUGCAGGAGGAGCCCCGAUAAGUACUUCCUGCGGUCCUGGAUGUCCAAUCAGAACCGCAGGAGAUGUGGCCUGAGGAGAUCCCGACGAAUCAACAAGAAGCACUAGAGAGGAGUCAUCGAAUGACUCAGCACAAAGGCGGAGAGGAAGAGGUUCAUAUAUGCAAAGUGCCAAAAGGUGAAGGUGACAUGAACAGUAUGAAUGUUUUUACAAGACCGCCGUCUCAGCAGCAGCAGACAUUAUUUCAGGAGCAGCUGAGGAUAAGGUUCAAUCAUUCCUGUACAUUUCUUCCAGACGUCGUCUUCUCACCAGCAAAUCACCAAAAACUGAGCUCCUGAGAUAAAGGCGAGGCAGUUUUUAUUUAAAGAGCGACAGGAUCUAAAGGAGCAAAGUGAACUCAGAAACAUCUCAACAGUCCAACCAAACCACACACUGAUCAGUUUUACAUCCACCCAUCAAUCUGUUUGUUGAUCAGACUGAAGAAACAGUCAGUUGAGCUACAGGGGGACGUUUGAUUUAUUUAUUAUUUGAAUAUUCAUUUUAACAAAAUAGUUGUUGCAGCAAUAACUGGUGUAUAGAUGUGAGUUGUGAGGACACACAUGGCUGAUAACAACAACAUUAAAUGAUAAUUAAACAGUUGAACAUCUGACUUCGUACCCAACAGAACAUCAACAUGACAUGAUCGUCUCCCUGUCGCCUUUUUAAUGACAGAUAUCAAGAUUCAGGUUCCUGUAGCAGAAAAGAGCUAAAUGACUGAAAAAAUUCUUAAAAAUUAAAAAUUAUUAAAAUACUUUGAUUAUUUUUCUGAUCAUCAUUUAGAUUUUGACACAACAUUACGUGAAGCAUUAAGCGGGAUGGGUUUUUUCGCUGGUCAUGUACCUCAGUCAUGCCGUUUCUCAUAAAAAUUCCUCAGAUUACCUGCAGAUAAUUGACGCAUAGUGAACCUGAGGCUGUCGCUCAGGUGAUAGUUCACCUCGUAGACCUCAUCUUAAAGGAUUUUAGAUGAAGAAUCAGUUUUAUCCUCAAAAUGUGUCCAGAAAUUCUGAUGUCAUCAUGUGCUUUAUUUUUAUUACUGACAGGUUCAUCACAGCUCCUGGACACUGCAGAUACAUUUAUACCAUAUGUGUUGAUUCCUGUGAGGAGUUGAAAGUUCAACUGAUCUUCAUGUGUUUGGACUGUAGGAGGAAACAGAACCAGCCGGACAGUUAGGUUCUAAACAUGGACCUGGUAUGGUUCCCAUAGUGUGGUGAUUUUAAACGUUGUCUGAUAACUGACGAGGCCUUUUCCUGCUUCCAACGUGAACCUUUUUCACCUGGGAUUCAUGUUUCUGCAUAAAUCAACACCUGAGGAACCAAGGAUGAUGGAACAUUUCUGCUAUAAAAAUCAUCAGAUACAUAAACUCCUCCCAGUACGGCUACUGGUCCAUCUCUGCCGGUCUUCCAGUCUGAACAUUUGUCAGACCUUUCUUUGUUCUCUGGGUAUCGACCCCCAAAAUUUUAAAGCUGUGGAUGGAGGUUUCUCCAAGACCGCUGAGGCUCAUGGGUACUUGAGUGUAGACCCAACUGUAGGAGAAGUAAACUGAAUUUAUCUGAAGGGAGUACUACCCGAACACCACAAUAGACCUGAACACUCUGGAUCAGGAGACUGUUGUUUGCCUCGUUACUCUCCAGGAGAGAAUGGUCAUGUGACUGGAUGAGUGCUGUUGGUUUUAAGGGUCAUGAUUAAAGAACACAGCUGAAAGAGUACAAGAGACGGAGGGAUCAGUGUCAGGGUGUAAAGACACAAGCCAUAUUCACAUUAUUUGUUUGAUGGAGAGUCUCAGUACAUUUUAUCAUUGAUUUUAACCUGAAAGGUUCUGGAUUAGUACCUCCUGGAUUAAGAGCCUUGACGCUAACAUUAGCUCAAAUCAGGUACCAAGACCAUCAGAUGCAACUAAACCAGAGUUUGUGGUUAUUACCUGAACUGCUACCUAGGUUUAUCAAUAAAGUAAAAAAAAAAGAGUAGGGCUGAAAUUAAAUCAUCCUGUCCAUAAAAUCUCUUGUUGUCCAACCAGCAUCAAAAACCCCAAAAUAUUAAAUGUACAGCAAAUGGAUCUGAGAGGCUGUAAACAGCAGGAUUUUUUGUAUAAAUGACUUAAUUAAUUGUCUAAAUAGUUUCUGGUUAUUUUAUUGUCAAUCAAUUAAGUGACUAAUUGUUGUAGCUCUAAUAUUGGGGAUUAUUUACUAAAGAUUUGUGACUCUCAUUUAGACACCAAACAGUCACCAAACAGCAACCAAAAAUUUGUGCUGUAAAAAUAGAAUAAAAGCGGCUACACCGAAAAUUGCAUUCUAGUGAGAUGUGCUAAUGCUAAUAGGCUAAAGUUAAUUUAUUUUGAAUAAAAAAGAGUUAAUAAAGAGGUGAAGCUGUUUGUUUAGUGUUUGACAACAGAAGCAUUGGUCAAUUUAUAAUGUAUAACUCAGUAGAUAUGUCAGUGCAGGAACUCCUCCUGUGUUGUGUCCAUUUUUACUUCAUUAAAGAAACAAUAGGAAAGCAUUAUUUUAUUAUGAGUUCUGACGCCAGCCUUCUUCAAGAUUUUAGAUUUAUUAGGGAAGUAGAUGCAUUAAAUGGCAUACAAUAUAAAAAUUAGUAUCUGUAAAUUCUAUGUAUCUAAAUGUGAUGAGCUGCAUUCCACCAGUGAAUAUCCUUCACUGUUGUUACACUGUAAUGUGAAUACGGCUUGUACCUGUCACCUGCAGAUCAUUAUUUCUUCACAUUCCUGGUGAGGAUUUUCCAGGGUUUGGAUUCAUUUCUCUCCUUCAGGCAGCCAUGAACUGAUAGUUUCUGUCAGUGAUAUAAUCAUCAGUUGAGUCGUGGGUUUCUUAAAUGAUUUGUCCCAGUUUAUUUCCUCUCAGCUGCCACAUGUUUCUGAGUGAGUGAACACAGUUUUAUUUUGAAUCACUUAGAGAGUGUGAGGUGUUAGAGAGUCUCUGUUCAGACUGUGCCGUAUUUGUGACGGAGCUGAAGGGCUUUUUUUUUUACUGAUGCCACACAAGCUUUACUCUCUACAACACUGAUAUGCACAUUUUAUAAGGUUGUACUAAAGCUUUCAUCCUUCAUUUAAUGCAGUCUGACAGCAGAUUGUUCAGGUGGGGGUGGGGGUGGUUUAAUGCUGAGUGCCAAAUGACCAGAGACUGUCUGAUGGACAAUGUUAAUAGUUUAUAUUAGUGAUUCAGUAGUUUUGUAUGAGAAGAGGAAGAGAGCUGCGACUGCUGGGAAACAAGAAAAAGUAAAAGAC